GUAGAGUAGUGUGACAUAUGGUGUGCAGCCAUUCAGCAGUACAGUGCAGUCAUGAAUGCGGUGUUCAUAUUAUACAGUGAGAGUGAGACGACGAGUGUCUCAAUGAGUGUAUGUAUGCUAUGAUUGCUAUGAAUGUUGUAUUCAUAGCACAAGUGAUCGCAUCCAGCAAUUAAUUUCCACUAAUUGUGGUCAUAGUUUGCAUUACACUUGAUUGGGAUACCAUUUGUUGCCAACUAUGGGGAAAGUGUUGUGUGAGUCGUGUUGCAAGAAGUGCUCGGGAAAUGUGCUCCGGGUCGGCAAAACAUACUUUCACAUCGACUGCUUUAAAUGUCACGAAUGUCACUCAUCUCUAGCGACCGGAGGUUUCUUCAGCCGUACGUCCAAUUCAGUGCAACACUACUACUGCACCCUUUGCUACCAGAAGUCAUUCGGAACCAAAUGCUCGGCCUGUCAUCAGUUCGUUGAGGGAGAGGUUGUGACCGCUUUGGGAAACACUUAUCACCAGAACUGCUUCCGUUGCAGCCGUUGCCAACAAGCAUUUCCUACUGGCGACAAAGUGACCUGGAAUGGCAAGGAAUGCUUGUGCGCCAAAUGCGUCCAAAUACCUGUUGUCUCCUCUCACACACCCGAUGGCUUCGGCCCCAAAUGCAAUGCUUGUGAAGAAGAAAUAAAUGAAGGCCAGGCCUUAAUAGCAUUAGACAAACAGUGGCACAUCUGGUGCUUCAAAUGCGAGGCUUGUAAGGCUGUCCUUCACGGCGAAUAUAUGAGUAAAGAUGGAAAGGUUUAUUGCGAAAAGGAUUAUCAGAAACUCUUUGGGAUCAAAUGUAAUCACUGCGAGCGAUAUAUUACUGGUAAAGUACUUCAGGCGGGAGAGAACCACUUCCACCCGACGUGUGCGCGAUGUACUAAAUGUGGCGAUACUUUCGGGGACGGAGAGGAAAUGUUUAUGCAGGGCGGGGCCAUAUGGCACCCCCGGUGCGGACCAGGACCUGAUGGCAAGAUGGAAGUGGACGGUCCUCUCGAUGGACAGUAUUACCCACAAACCUAUUCCCCGAGCCUUUCGAGUUCAUUAUCGCGGUCUGUCAGUCCUUACGACUCAGUCCACAAACAGUUGGGUCGUUCAAGUCCUACACUAAUUGCUGACAAGGAAUCCAUGUUUAAUGACUUGAGUCGAGUUUACACUUAUAGCUAUUUGGCUGCAGAGCCGACUCAGGGUUAUCUGAAACGACCUCUGGAGCCAAGACCUCCCAAAUCGCCUCAAUUUCAUAGACCCCCUGAAAGCUUUGGGAGGCGUCGGGUGUACACGAAAUCUUUGCCAAAACAAGGGAUGCAAGCAUUAGUUGAUAACUUGCAGACGGGUCAGCCCCGACCCAAAUCUCCAGCCAUGAACAAUGAAGAGCCAAUCGAAUUAGCCCACUAUCCCGGCGCCCAAAAGCCCAAACCCAGCGAUAUUCCCAGAAUCGAAAGGGACGACUUUCCCGCCCCACCGUUCCCGUAUACGGAUCCCGAGCGCAUACGGAGAUACAGUGGCAACUCGAGAGAUGCUGACAUACAAGAGGGUGAGUUUGAGGAUGAGUUGGACCAAACCAAUGGUGAUCCACAGCUUAAGAAAGAGGAAAAGGAACUCUCGAAGAUCGCCACCGGAAUUGGAAAAGUGUUUCUUAAGACAGUUCACGAAAGAGAGAAACUGAUGGCUUGGAAGAAGUCUCACAUCGACCCCAGAAAAGCUUCGCGAACGCCUUCUGCCAAAACUGAACUACCGGCGCGACUACGAUAUGAAAACCCUGUCAAUGCCUCCCCUUCUCGUGAUAUGGAUCGCCCCAAGCCUUGGGAAGACGAUGAGAUCGAUAGGGGGUCGGCGUUCAGGAGUUCAUAUAUUGGCAGACCAUAUAUCUCUCCCAUUAAUUAUAACGUUAUAUCUUCGCUCCGGAAUGUGCCGCGACCCGGCUAUUUGCAGCACAAGUCUUCAACUCUACCGCCCCGUGACAGCCAUAUGAAUGGAAGUGGUUCUCCAUUUACUGACAGAAUGAUUGAGAAGACUCAGAGCAUUGAGUUCAGUAGUGGAAAGUCUGAUAUUUCAAUGCUUUCUGAACAACACGACAAAAGCGGCCGGAAUUACAUUAACCAUUCGAUUAGUGGGACCUUCCGGACGACACCCUUUUCCGAUGGCUUCGGUGGCUACCGAUACGCCUCAUAUUCACCGCAUUUACGCCGAUCUAUGCCUAACGUUAACUUUCACUUACACUCUAACGAACCCCCGCGUCAGUACCCCUACCAUCUCCUGGUGACCCACAACUAUAGACUGCCUCCAGACGUGGAUCGGUGCCAUUUGGAGAGACAUCUGCAGAACUCCGAGUUCGAGCAACUCUUUCAUAUGAAUCGAAUAGAUUUCUAUCGAAUGCCUGAAUGGAAAAGAAAUGAAAUGAAACGAAGAGUUAAACUCUUUUAACUUAAUCGACAAAUAAUUUUCAUAUAAUUCAAACUUUUUUGAUAAUGGAUUCGAAUUACUGGUUGUUUUGAUGGCAAUGUAUGGCAACUAUAUUCGACUUUUCGACUUAAUCCUAACGACAGUUCCAUAAAUUAUCGAUAUAUUUGUUGUUAAUUUAGUUUUGGUUUACUUUGCAAUUGACUAUUCGCUGACUUUAAUCAUGAGAUUUAAAUUUAGUUCAAAAACACUUUCGAUGCAAUGAAUGGUUGAGUCGAUCGAGUGAUCAAUACUUUAAUAUAUAUUUAAAUAUUUAAAGAAAGGGAU